AUGGCUCACGGAGACCUCGUUCUAGUCACUGGAGCCAAUGGUUUCAUUGCAGCUCAUUGUGUCCAACAAUUACUAGAAAAGGGCUACUCUGUCCGCGGAACAGUCCGAAGUGCUGCAAAAGGAACACAUUUGACGAACCUCUUUGCCAAAUACGGAGACAAGUUCUCGGUUGUUGUCGUUGAUGACAUCACCAAGGAUGGAGCAUUUGAUUCGGCUGUGAAGGAUUGUGACUUUAUCCUACACGUCGCAAGUCCUUUCUAUUUGCCCAAGGGAGAUGCCUAUGAGGAAUUGGUUAUACCAGCCACAAAGGGUACCGUCGGUGUCCUGCAAUCUGUAUACAAUGACAAGGACUCGAAAGUCAAACGUGUUGUCGUCACGUCAAGUUUCGCUGCUGUGGUUGAUGUUGUCAACAAGCCUGCUAAUCAUGAGUACACUGAAGCUGAUUGGAAUGAAUCUUCGAAGCCUGAAGAUGCUGGCAUGUUGGGAUACCGUGCUUCAAAAACUCUGGCUGAAAGGGCUGCCUGGAAGUUCGUUGAAGACAACCAACCAAAGUUUGAUAUCGUCACCAUCAACCCACCUCUCGUUAUUGGCGCUCUAAUCCACGAGACCUCAGGCGUGGAACAGCUCAACACUUCAACAAAUAAUGUUUAUAAUAUAUUGAAGGGAAACCCAAUUCCACCAGGUGCUAUUGGAUUCGUUGAUGUCAAAGAUGUGGCCAAAGCACACGUUUUAGCUAUCGAAGUAAAAGAAGCGGGUGGCAAACGCUUCCUAUGCGCCUCUGAUUUCAAAAGCUUUCAAGAAGUCGCUGACAUUUUGAGGAAACUGUAUCCAAAGGAACCAAUCGCCGAAGGAAAGCCAGGCGUAUACGAUGAACACCCAACCAUCAACGCUACUCGCGCAAAAACCGUUCUUGGAAUGACUUUUAUACCGAUUGAAGAGUCGCUCAAGACCACAUGUGACGAGCUCAUUGCUCUACGCGAUGCUAAGAAAUUGAAUGUGUGGGACGCGGCAGUGUAA